AGGGACAUUUCUUGGCCCCUGAGGCACAGUCUCUAGCUGUUGUGGUAACCUUUGACCCCUCUUCCUUCCUGUUUAGGUCAUAGAUCUCGUCCCUCUUCCCUCCCGUUCCCUCCAGACAGCUGAUCUGAUGUGAUAGGCCUGUUCAGUCAUGCUAUCAUGCAUAUUUCAUCUCCGUGUCUGAACGGUAGCUGAUGUCGUCAGUUCUUGUCUGUCGGGAAAGAGCCGUUCUGCGAACAUGAUGGAUCCCACAACUUUGCAUUUCUGGUGGCUUCGCGAUCUCAUCAUCACUCUCUGCUAGACCUGUUGGAGGAAGAUGGAGAUCACACGAGAGAGAGAGAGAGAGACCCAGUCUAAAUAUGGACUAUGUGUUGAUUGAAUGUGGUCUCAUUUGAAACCCUCAGCUCUCCAGCCUGCUUGGCAGAGACCGAUAACGGAGAUUAGCAUACAGAGGGAAUAAAACUAGUGUUUAACGCAGCAGGCAGCGAGCGAGUCCACGGGAUGGGUUCACUCUGAGGUGUACGUGUGUGGGUGUCAUCAGGCCCCUCUGAGCAAAUCAGGUGGAACGCAAUUACUGUGUGCAUCCUCGCUCUGAUAAGGCUUUUAAAAGCAUUCUUUCUCUCUUUUCCUCGCUCUCGUCUUUUUUUUCUUCUCUCGCGCGCGCUCUUUCCCUCCCGCGCUCCUCUCCUUCCAUCUCUCACCCGUCCAUCCAUCAUUCGUCCAUUCUGUUGCACGUCCAUCUGAAUUACCGAGGAUUCAUUGUUUCAUGUCUUUUAGUUAGAGGACCUGUCGCCCUUGACUGUGUAACUGACAGCACUGAAAGGCCCAGUGGAUGCCUGUGGUUGUGGUUGUCUUUCUGCUCUACCAGGGCUUGACGAUCAGUCAGCAGUUAAAAGCCACGAUAUGCUUCAUCUGAUCUCGGGCCUUUGUCGAGAGCAAGUUGGGCAUAGCGGGGAUAUUUGGCUGCUCCAUAACAUCCAAGCGGGCAGGCAAAAACUAUGGCCAAAGAUGACAUCAUUCCUCGCUCACACCGAGCUCUGUCGUCUAGUUCAGAAUUCGGGAGAAUAGUCCGUCUCCCACCUGUGACGGCGCUGGGUUGUCAGAGAGCGUAGUCGGAUGAUUAGACCUAGAUGAGGGGCUCCAUGAACAAUGACGGAGGAGGUGAUAGUUAUAGCCAAGUGGGACUACUCGGCUCAGCAGGAACAGGAACUUGACAUCCGGAAAAACGAGCGGCUGUGGCUCCUGGAUGACAGUAAGACCUGGUGGAGGGUAAGGAACGCCUCCAACCGGACCGGCUACGUACCCUCUAACUAUGUGGAGAGGAAAAACAGCUUAAAGAAGGCCUCGCUGGUGAAAAACAUCAAAGACACACUCGGCCUGGGGAAGACGAAGAGGAAGACGAGUGCCCGCGAUGCCUCGCCAACGCCCAGCACGGACGCAGAGUACCCGUCCAAUGGUGGCGGAGGUAGCAGCGCCGAGCGUAUCUACGACCUCAGCAUCCCAGCCCUGGUCAAGUUCGCCUACACGGCGGAGCGGGAAGACGAGCUGACACUGGUGAAGGGGUCAAGGGUCAUUGUCAUGGAGAAGUGUAGCGACGGCUGGUGGCGAGGGAGUUCUGAAGGUCGGGUAGGCUGGUUCCCCUCUAACUAUGUCCUGGAGGAGGGGGAGGAGGAGGCCGUCUCGGGGGACCUAAGCGGAGGUUACCCAGGACAGGGGGCAGGGUCGGGAGGGGUGACCAAUGGGACCACCAGGGCGCUCCACAGUGUUCAGACGCUGUAUCCCUUCAGCUCUGUGACCGACGAGGAGCUGAACUUUGAAAAGGGCGAGGUGAUGGAGGUGCUGGAGAAACCGGAGAACGACCCUGAGUGGUGGCGGUGUCGGAACGCCCGUGGACAGGUGGGCCUGGUGCCAAAGAACUAUGUGGUUAUCCUUAGCGACGAUCUGGCCCCCGGGGGUGGGAUGGGCUCGGGCCCCCACUCGCCCCAGAUCAACUACACAGGGCCGGCCCGCGUGGGAAAGUUUGCCGGGAAGGACUGGUACUAUGGGGGAGUGACCAGGCAUCAGGCAGAGUGUGCGCUCAACGAGAGAGGAGGUCAGGGAGACUUCCUGGUCAGAGACAGCGAAUCAUCGCCCAGUGAUUUCUCCGUGUCCCUCAAGGCGAUGGGAAAGAACAAGCACUUCAAGGUUGCGCUGGCGGAGGGGGACUACUGUAUCGGCCAGAGACGCUUCAGCAGCAUGGACGAACUGGUGGAGCACUACAAGAAAGCCCCGAUCUUCACCAGCGAACAUGGAGACAAACUCUACCUGGUCAAACCGCUGCUGUGACCACACAGAAAUGCUCUCGUUCAUACAUUUGCAUACACACACACACACACACACUCCGGACCCCGGUGCUCGGCCUGGCAUUACAACAAGCCUUAUUACUGGACUUGCCACUGACUGAUUGAGCACAGCAUUAUCCACAGGUCUGCCCCUGCCCCUUCAAUACAGGAGCUAACAGUCACCAUAAACUCAACAGAAAACAGUUAGCACGGAGAGAGACUCAAAUGGUACAUGUUGGCCACCGUAGCUCAGAUUCCUUUCAGAAUAAUGUCCAGAGAACAGCUUCAGUAAGGGACCGUCUGUAAGCACCAGCUCUUUGCCUUGGCCGACAACUCCACCUCCUAGUAAAGCCCUGCCGGUGCCUCUAGGUUUUUGGAGUGAGCACGGAUGGGGAUUUACAGUCAAUGGUUCAUUCACAACAGCUACAUACACUAUGAAAGUGAAUAUUUAAUGUGUUGACAGUGACAUCACAUUAUCACUGGAGACCUUUUGAUUUUUGGGAAAAACAAACGGGAGGAGAGAAACACCCCUUCUCUUUUUGCUUGUCUCCAGCAGGUCUUGUUGUUUUGUUUGUCGUUAUCGAGUGACCCGUCCCUUGCAGAAAGUAGUAUUACGUUUCCAUAGACUGUUGUACCAGAAAGAAACGCACAACAAAUGGUACUGUACUGUAUUACCAGAUAAGGAAAGGACGCCCUCUGUAGGUGUAUUGUGGAAUGGACACUGUCAGGAAGCUGCGCGUUGAAUGUCCGUGGAUGUAUACCGCCGACCAUGUGCCACACCCUCAUACUGCUCAAAUGUGCCCCUUAACGUUCUCUUCGAGUCCACCGCUUUCCUCAACGUCCGGGUGGAAACGUCGCUGACAGAGGAUGGAGAUUCAAGAGCGAUAGGAAAACGUUUCGUUGGUUGUCUCUUUGCCAAUGAAAGUCUGUUCAAAAUUAUUUUCCUGCUUUUAAAAAUGAAAAACUAUGUCUUAAUGUUACUGAGCACUGUUAUUUAAAUGUUUUCAGCUGUAUGUAUAUUUAAAAAGAAGAAUAAGGUGAAUAUUAUAUGAAAUUAGAUACAGCUUAAAGGUUCUGUACUCCAAGACGGUGUGGUGACUGAGGAUUGAAAUACUUUUGUUCAAUUAAAAGUUUUGCCGAAAUAA